AUGCGGCCUUGCGGGCUGCGCAGGUCCACCACCACCACCACUUGCAGACGCCGAGCCGAGAGCAACCCGGCGCCCCCCGGCUUCUCCAAGGCUUGGCCGGGGAAGGCCGUAGUAAUAGGCAUGGAGGGCCUUUGGACGAACCACCUCGUUACCUGCAUCGGCAUCGUGCAAGGGGUCGAAAAGAUUAUUAGGCAGCUGAAGAAGUCGCUGGCGGCAUACCAAAACUACAAGAUUAAAACCUACAUUAGCAUCCCGGACCUGGACGGGAACCUCCCGUCCGGCUGGAAGCCGGAGGAUAGGGAGUGCUUUUUGCUCGCUAUCGAGGCCGUUACCUAG